GCAUCCUUAUGCAACAACUUACAAGGCACAUGAGCCCAGACCAACAUUUUUGAAUCGUCAUUUGCUUCUCUUGAUCGAGAAUCUCGAGUACUAGGUAUUCAGCACUGCCACCUAUAUACACAAUAGGUAGGUACCUCAGUGUCGGUCUCGUAUCUAUCUUGACUUGGCAAAAGGUAAUGUGUGUGUAGGUCUCUACAUACAGCUACAUACAGUAUCUACGAGCUACAUACAGUAGCUAUGGAGAUACUAAGUAGAUACAACGUAGAGGUCGUCUCCUCAUAAGACUGUUGGUUACUGCUGCAACGGUUCCACGGAUUUGAGAGGCUCUAUUACUUUUCCUUUCUUACUUUUCCCGCUCUUCCUCUCUCCGAGUAUUUUCCAACUGUGUGAUGAAUCGGUAACUUAAUCAUUAAUACAUUUCAACUAAUAUACCUAACUACCUAACUACAUAUAUCUAAUUCUUCUUCACACCACAAUGCCAAUAUCCACCUCUGACCUCGGGCUCUCAUGCCCGGCUAAAGGCCAGUUCUACGCCUGUGACACCGCAAAGAUCCGGUUCGUUGGGUGCUGUACCAUCGACCCGUGUGCGGACGGGAGCGGGAACUGCCCGCAAAGCUCCCUGGCUUCCACGAGCUUCUCGUCAGACUACUACGCAAGCAUACCGCCGCAGAACUGCGCGGCGCCUAGGAACUCCAGCAACUGGUGGACUUGUGCGGGAAGCCAGCCCUUCUUAGGAUGCUGUGAUAUAAACCCUUGUCAAAACAGUGGAUGCCCAACAGCGAGCCUGCUGCCCGCAAUACUGAGCGACGAUGCCUCCAACGCCGAGGUCUUCAUCGCAAGCUCGACGUCUACUACAGCUGCGAGCCCGGGCUCUUCCGGCUAUACGCUCCCGCUAGGUGCAAUAAUAGGCAUCGUUAUUGGGUGCGCAGCUCUCGUGGCAAUUAUACUUGCCUUCGUCGCAUACAGAUGCGGCUGGAUAAGACGCAAGAAGCAGGAGAAAGGCAAUGACCAACCGACCCCAGAUUACUCCACAUACUCUCCCGCCAUGCAACAAUGGCAAGACGGGACUCACUCCGGCGCGCCCAGUCCGGGGUACCCGAGUCCCAGCUACCCAGGUUUCGCGCCCUACUCCCCCACACACCACCAGCACCCGUAUCCCCCGCCCUCGUCGUCGCCGCCCCAAGAGUCCUGGCACGGAGACAGCCGGCACACGUCGCAUAUAUCCGAGCUGAGCGGAUGGACCGGCGCGGCUAGCGCGGAUAACAAGAAGCACCACUCCUACAGCCCGCUACUAAACCUUCCGGCCUCGGAACUCGAUAGUCGCAAUACGGAACGCCAGUUUGUGGCAGAAUUACCUACGUCGCCGACGAAUCAUGCGAGAUGAUGAUGCAGAUGCCGACGAGGUUGGUGGUUAGGGUUAGGGUUACUGCAUUUAGAGGACUAGGACGGACGGAUGGAUAUCAUUUGCAUUAUAGGACUACUGCUGACUCCCAUACGCUAGGAACACAGCGGUAUGACUGGGAGUUACAUAUGGGCUGGAAAGGGGGAAAGGAACAUAUUUUUUUUAAACAUUGAACAUUGAAACCAGCAUGGAGUUUUAAAAUUUAUUCGUGUAUAUACCUACUUCGCAUAGGCACCUAACUUCUUAAAUUACAUAUUGAUAUCAAUGAUGGCAGGAUACAUAUGUAUGUCUGUUUACAGUUGUACGCAGC